UUGAAACGCAACCAAAGUAUAUUGAAGGUCAAAUUAAUCCGCUGAUUUGAUCAAUCGAAUUGUUGGUUAUCACGGCAACCGAUUAAGUAGGGGAUGGGUGUGAUAUCUCGAAAGGUCCUGCCGGCGUGCGGGAGUUUGUGCUAUUUCUGUCCUGCAUUGAGGGCACGAUCAAGGCAACCUGUUAAGAGGUACAAGACAAUCCUCGCUGAAAUCUUCCCCAAGACGCAGGAUGAAGAACCAAAUGAGAGAAGGAUCGGGAAGUUGUGUGAGUAUUGUUCGAGGAACCCUCUUCGAGUGCCCAAGAUCACAGUUUUCUUGGAGCAGAGGAUUUAUAAGGAAUUAAGAACUGAACAGUAUGGUUUUGCAAAAGUAGUGAUGUUAAUAUAUCGUAGAUUGUUGGUUUCUUGUAAAGAGCAGAUGCCACUAUUUGCAAGUAGCUUAUUAAGUAUUGUACACACUCUUUUAGAUCAAAAGAGGCAGGAUGAUAUGCGCAUCAUAGGAUGUGAAACCUUGUUUGACUUUGCAGUCAAUCAGGUGGAUGGUACAUAUCAGUUCAAUUUGGAAGGUCUUGUCCCAAGACUAUGUGAGCUAGCUCAAGAAGUAGGAGAGGAUGAGAAGACCAUUACCCUACGUGCAGCAGCCCUACAAGCCAUUUCAGCUAUGAUUUGGUUCAUGGGUGAGCUCUCACAUAUUUCAUCAGAAUUCGACAAUGUGGUUCAAGUUGUACUGGACACCUACAGACCCCAGAAGAUGCAAAAUGAUGAUCAAAUUACCAAGGAUUCAAGCAACCAGUUGGAACAAGAAGCCCAAAAAACAGAGGAUUCAUCCCCCUUUGUCAUCUCUGCUGUUCCCUUGUGGGAGAGCAUAGUUAAUGUUAAGGGAGGCGUUAACCUUCCUGAGGAGGAUGCUAAGGAUCCUAAGUUUUGGGCCAGAAUAAGUGUGCAUAAUAUGGCUAGACUUUCUAGGGAGGCAACAACAUUCCGUCGUAUCCUGGAGUCUUUGUUUCGGUACUUUGGAAACAACAGUUCAUGGUCACCGGAAAAUGGACUUGCUCUUUGUGUAUUGUUGGACAUGCAACUGUUAGUGGAAAACUCAGGACAAAACAUGCACUUAAUGUUAUCUCUACUGAUAAAGCAUAUUGAACACAAGGCCAUGGUGAAGCAACCAGAGAUGCAGCUUAGUAUCGUGGAGGUAGCGGCCACCCUAGCAGAACAAUCCAUUGCUCAGGCCUCGGCAGCAACUAUAAGUGCGAUAAGUGAUCUUGUGAGGCAUAUGAAAAGAACAUUUCAUAUUACUCUUGGUAGCAAAGAUCAAGAACUAGUAAAAUGGAAUGAAAAGUUCCGAAAGGCUAUAGAUGAAUGUCUGGGACAGUUGGCAAAGAAGGUUACUGAUGCUGGACCAGUUCUUGACAUGAUGGCCGUGAUGCUAGAAAAUAUUGCUAGUACUCCUAUUGUAGCUAGAUCAACUGCAGCGGCUGUUUAUCGGACAGCUCAAAUAAUCGCUUCGGUACCAAAUAUUACCUAUCAAAAUAAGGUGUUUCCAGAAGCUCUGUUUCAUCAAUUACUCUUAACUAUGAUCCACCCUGAUCAUGAAGCCCGUGUAGCUGCGCAUCGCAUUUUUGCUAUUGUAUUAGUCCCCUCUUCUGUUUCCCCAUCGAUUCAAGCAAGUGUCUCAAGCCAGGCUAAAAAACAUGACAUGCAAAGGACACUCUCUAGGGCCGUCUCAGUAUUUUCAUCUUCAGCUGCCAUCUUUGACAAGUUAAAAAAGGACAAGUACUCGGACAACUCACAAGGUGAAAUCAAGGAUAGUGGUGGCUUACAUAGUAUCAACGAAGAUACUAGUAAUCCCAAAUGCCACAACCUACCUGUGUCUCAAAGUCGUCGACGUAGCAUGAAGAUUCCUAAUUUCUCCAUGAAGAGGGGACCUUCAAUGGCAAUGAGAGCUCCUUCAGUGGCCAUUAGAGCCCCCUCUAUAUCUUUGAGAGCUCCUUCGAUGUCUUUGAGAGCGCCUUCUAUGUCUUUGAGAGCACCUUCUAUGUCUCUAAGGGCAGGCCAAGGUUCCUCAAGCCAUGAAGAUGAAAUGGAAUCAGUUUUGCUGAAGCUGAGUAGUCGCCAAAUCACACUUUUGCUAUCAUCCAUUUGGGCUCAAGCAAUAUCUCCUGAAAAUACUCCAGCAAACUAUGAAGCCAUUGCUCAUACUUAUAGUUUGGUUCUGUUGUUUUCUGGAUCCAAGGCAUCAGUUUUUGAGGCUCUCACGCAGAGUUUUCAAGUUGCAUUUUCUCUAAGAGGCUAUUCACUGGCUGAAGCAGAUUCGUUAGCACCAUCUCGACGUCGUUCCUUGUUUACUCUUGCUACAGCCAUGAUUAUUUUCUCUUCAAGAACUUUCAAUGUGUCACCUCUUAUUCCUAUAUGUAAACAAAUGCUUAAUGAGCGGACGGCUGAUCCCUUCCUUCAUUUGGUGGAUGAGAGCAAGCUUCAAGCAGUGAAAGAUUCCCUAGAUGAUCCAUCAAAAAUAUAUGGAUCACCAGAGGAUAAUAGCAAUGCGCUGAAGUCCCUUUCAGAAAUAGAACUUUCAGAGAGUCAAUCCCGAGAAUGCAUUGUCUCCACAAUCAUGAACAACAUAACAAAUAUGCUUGAUGCGGAGUUGCAUAAUGUGAAGAAUCAACUAUUAAGUGAUUUCUCCCCUGAUGACAUGUGUCCAAUGAGCACUCAAUUUUUUGAAGCACCUGGUGAAAACUCAUUAUCAGGAUCUCAUGAGAAUGGUCAUCAUUCGGAGGCUGCGCUGAUCGACCUAGGAAAUGACCAUGAUAUCUUUGGGGAAGCUUCAGAAAGUACAAUUGCUUCUGCAACUGCUGUGCCUGUAACAGAUCUUCUAAGUAUAGAUGAGCUUCUUGAAACAGUUGUCACAGACCCAACACCUCAUACAGAACGAGUGUCUGUAUCAACAGACAUGCCAUUCAGGGAGAUGACUAGCCAAUGCGAAGCCCUUACGGUGGGAAAACAUCAGAAAAUGGCCACCUUCAUGAGCUUUCAGCAAAUUAUGCCAGUGGUUCCCACGCCAGCCAAUCAACCCAACCAAAUGGAAUUUGCUAUUUUCCCUGAUCCAUAUCCGCCUCAGGUUGGAGUGCCCAACACAAACCCGUUUGUCGAUGAUAACAUGUAUGGUUAUCCCCAGCAUGUGAGUGGAGCCAAUCCACAACACAUGAAUGGAGACAAUCCGCAACCAGCCUAUGAUCAAUCCCAACAACAGUUCCUAAGGUUGCCAGCAUCAAGCCCAUAUGACAAUUUCCUCAGGGCUGCUGGUUGUUGAGGUUAAGCUUGCAUCAGCAAUUCUAAAUUCUUCACAUAAAUGAAAAAUCUCCAAACGAUGUUGAAUGAUGCUGUAAUUUUUCAUUUUUUGCAAGAAGAUUAUGUCCAUGCGUGUGGUCUUAGAGGGUCAACCAGAUUCAAUAUCCAUUCAAUUCAUUAUUUUAUGUAUAGGAGUAUAUAGAUACUAAUUCUUCUAUUUUGUUUUACCAUUGCAACGUGUACAGAGGGACUGGGGGAAAUAGUGCCUCUAUCACGAGCGGCACAUGUAGUAUGUGUACUUUAUGUAUGUAAAAAUGUCACAUGCUACAAAUUGUGGAUAAAAAAGAGAAGGCAAUGUGGAUAAAAAAAUUGUGCGUGGUAGUGUGAUUCUUUCACAAUUUUGUAAAGUUUGACUACCUAAGUUAUGAAAAACUUAAAUAUAU